AUUUCUACAUCACCGAAUAAGAAUGUUUCCAUAUCCGAAGCAGAGAAAUUACCACUUAAUCAUAAUAAAGAUCUAAAUAUUCAAGAUACAAACCUUUCUUCUUCUGAAUCUAAAUCGUCUAUUAUCUCUUCUUCCAAUUGGGAACAAAGUGCCAUUUCUUCUGAAAUAAAAAUUUCCUAUAAUCAAAAAGUAGAACAAGGUUUAAUAUGCGAGUUAUUUGAAUUUAUUAGGAGCAUUGAUUUUGUAUCUUUACAAGAUCCGAAUAAAACUCCUCCGAAUUGUAUAUAUAGCAAACAAUUUUCAGACAUUCUUGUUGGUAUUGAUCUAACACCAGGUUCUAUAUCUCAUUUGGCUCAAUUAUUUGACAAGACCGAAAAAACUGGUCAGAAAGAAAAAUUGCGUUGGUAUUAUUAUAGUGAGGAAUACGAAAAAAAAGUUAUAACUAUUAGUUCAGAAAACAAUAUUAGUGAUCAAAUGGCAAGAACACAAAUUUAUGAUGAAAUGAUGUUAUAUCUACCUGGUAUUAAAAGAGAAUAUAAAAAUGAAACUGAGCUCGAUCCCUGGAUAAUGUCUGAAACUCCCGAACUCCCACAAAUCGAAGAGGACUGUAUCAUCAAGAUUUUUAAGUUUCCAGAAGAAAAAAGUGUAAUCCAUGAUGUGGUACAUAAAUGCUUCCCUUUCUUGACAUAUACCAAUUCUAAUGCAUGGCAUCAAGAUGUAUUUAAAUAUACGGAUCCAGAAGCUAAAUGUUCAAUAUGCAAAGAAGUACAUACACAUUUAGGAAUAUGGGACAACUGGAGCUGUCUAGAGGUAAAGCCUAAGAAGUUUUUGUCUAUUACAGAGGCUAAGAAAAAAAGAUGGACCAUGGAAUGCUUCCGUGCUGAUUUGAAAAGAGAUAUAUGCCUUUAUCGUGGAGGGAUAGAAAGGAAUGAAGAUACCAGAAAAUACCAUAAAUUUUUAACAGAUCGAGAUAGGCUAGUCGGUGAAGAAUUAUUACGUUGCGAUAUACUAAAGAGUGGUUUAAGUACUGCAUGGCUUGAUGAUCUUAUGGAAGAAUGGAAAAAAAUCCAUACUCAAUUCACCCAAAUUUUUAACUAG